AGGAGCGCAGGUAGCCUGAGCUCAAGGGCUGAUUUGAUCCAACAUGGCGCCCGACUGACACAGUUUCAAGGCGGUAGUAGUGGCUGUUGCGAGCAGUUGAUAAGCGUCAUCACAGGUUUCCAAGCUUGGACAAGGUAGAAGCGAAGGAUGGUGCGGGUUGUGUUCCUCCAUCCAGACCUGGGUAUCGGUGGAGCAGAGCGACUGGUGGUGGAUGCCGCUGUCGCCCUGAAGUCUCGGGGAUGUAGCGUUCAGAUCUGGACGGCCCAUUAUGAUCCAACGCACUGCUUCUCUGAAACCCUGGACCCAGACCUGCCUGUGGUGUGUGUGGGUGACUGGCUUCCCACCAGUGUGUUUGGUUACCUACAUGCCCUAUGUGCCUACCUGAGGAUGAUCUAUGUAGCCCUCUACCUGGUCUUCCUCAGUGGGGUGGAGUAUGAUGUCAUCUUCUGUGAUCAGGUGUCGGUGUGCAUCCCGAUGUUGAGACUUUCCCGUCAAAGGAAGAAGGUUUUGUUUUACUGUCACUUCCCCGACCAGCUGCUGACCCAGAGGAGGUCAACUCUGAAGAAGCUCUACCGGGCUCCCAUUGACUGGCUGGAGGAACGCACCACGGGAAUGGCUGACAUGAUUCUGGUAAACAGCAAGUUCACUGCAGGCAUCUUCAGAGAGACCUUUCAUAGUCUGAGCAGAGUCCAGACAGACGUCCUCUAUCCCUCCCUCAACACACGUACCUUUGACCAGCCCUCCACUGAAGCACAGGGCCUGGGGGGGCUGUUCCCUGAGGCCACCUCCUGCCUGUUCCUCUCUCUGAACAGAUAUGAGAGAAAGAAGAAUCUGGGCCUGGCUCUGGAGGCUCUGGCCUUCCUGAUGAGCAGCCUCACUCCAUGCCAGAGAGCAGAGGUUCACCUGGUGGUCGCAGGGGGCUACGAUGACCGAGUUACUGAGAAUGUUCAACAUUACAAUGAACUGAAAGAACUGGCAGAGCAGCUCCACUUAAAGGACUGUGUCACUUUCCUGCGUUCCCCCUCUGAUUCACUGAAGGUGGCACUGCUCCAGGGCAGCGCCGCCGUGCUCUACACCCCGAGCAGAGAGCAUUUUGGGAUCGUUCCCGUCGAGGCCAUGUACUGCUGCUGCCCUGUUAUCGCCGUGAACUCUGGGGGUCCCCUGGAGAGUGUGGCAGACGGGGAGACGGGCUUCUUGUGCGAGCCCACGGCCAAAGCCUUCUCUGAGGCCAUGGAGAGGCUCGUCAGGGAGCCGCAGCUCCGCAGGGACAUGGGACAAGCUGGGAGGAGGAGGGUGCAAGAUAAGUUCUCUCUUCAGGCCUUCUCUGACCAGCUGCAUGGGUACAUUGUCAGUCUGAGCCAGUGAUAUGAAGGUCGGAGGAGACGCAUGAGAGAACCAGCGCAAUAGUGCACCUUGGACCACUGGAGUCGUCUGAGUUGAAACGGAUGUUUUCUAACAGAGAAUGUAUGUGUAUAUGUGCAGGGAGGUGAGGGGGUAUUAGAGGACAAUUAAUCAGCAUUCCCUUGGAGGGGUUGCUGCGAGGGAAAGAAGGAUGGAAUCUCUAUACUAAUUAAGAAAAGAGUAACGAGUUUACCAACCGUAUCUCUGGAAAAAUACCACCCCUGAAAGUGUGUUUACGUGUGUGUGUGUGUGUGUGUGAGCAUAACCGUGUAUGUGUAGCAGCGUGGCAACCAAGAGCCUAGCAAAUGAGUCUACCAAAAGGAUUGAUUGUUAGACUGAAAUGUUUUUGCACUGUGUAUGUUGUUUCUCGCUUUUCUACAGUAGCCUUUGUCUUUGUGGGUUUGGGGGACGAUGAUGAAGAAGAGGAAUGCAGUUACAGCUAUGUACCAUCAGGCAGCACACACUCCCAGAUCAAUAAACAGGAUGCUUUCCCCUACUUCCUGUCCACCCAGAGCUUAGUUCCCCUCUUGUAUUCACGAGAUGCUGGCCUGUCCAUGACUCCUGCUGCAGUGUGGAUGUUAUUAGAAAAUGACAGAGUGUGUCUGGCUUUAUUAGAGGUCUGGCUGAUGGGCGGUGUGCCUGUGUCUGGGUCAUUAUCAACAAGGAGAAUAGCAGAAGGUCAUUGUGUCUGCGCGCUGGCCUCCUCAGCCCCCCUACUGUAUAGAAAUGCUCUUAUUGACAUUCCUGAAGUCUUAAUAAACAAGAGGACAAAUA